AAUUUAAACAAAUGGCUGUGUGGUGUUAUUUCUGCAGCUUUCUCAUAAAACACUAAAAAAAUAAUUCAUUCUGGCUGAGUUACAUGACCGGAUCAAGCAUGCAGAAUCAUAUUUAUUUCAUUUGCAUCCAGUACAUCUGUCUGGAGAUCUGGGUUUAUGAGAAAACAUUGGUGUCUAUCUUGAAAGAAGUGAAUGAAUCAUCCUGGUUUCUGUGGCUGCUUCUACGGCUUCUAUAAAUAACCGUGCAUGCAGAGACAGAAGCAGGGGGACAAACCGAUAUGACGACAGGGAACGGUGACGUCCGUGGACCAUUUGCAUCAGAGAGCAGUGCCAGCGUUGCCUGUUACUAUGGCAACGCUGACAUGGGGUCUGACGCAGAAGCAGGCGAAUGAAGCGGAGGAGGGAAGAAGAGGAUGUGGAGGAUGUGGGGCACCUGAAGAUGCGUAGGUGGCAGAAAACUGAUAUUUUUCACCCUUGGAAAUUAUUAGCUGUUAAUGGUGGGGUGAAGAAGGGGGGGGGAGUGCAUUCAUAAAAAUGGUUUAUUCAAGAGAUUACGGCUCUGUAGUGGGAGCUGUUAGUUCAGGUCAUAGCUAGAUCUGUUCUUCCUCUUAUCCAUAGACGGGUCUGCUCUUUUUGCAUGAUAUUUAUUCGAAGCAAAAGUCAUGCUUCGAGUUCAGAUGCAGCAGCAUUGGUAACAUGCAGCUGGAUAGGACCGAAGCUCUCACACACUAAAUCUGCAGGCCCUUUUCUUUGCCUCUUCUGAGCUCAGCUACAUGGCUCCACUUCAUGACUCAUGCACAUGUGUGGAGCCCAAGGCCAAGAAGUAAAGAGGUGAUUAUAAUAUAUGAAUACCACAACUGCAAAGGCAUUGCUCUAAAACACAAGGACUUACAACGCCCCAGAGUUUUUUUUUCUGAGACCAACUCACGCAAACAGGUUUGAACCAGAUCUUUGUUCUCAGUCUUGUCAUGCAGGUCUGAGCCAGCGGGCCUGAUUUUAAUGAUCUAUGGCUGCCACUCAAAUCAGUUCAGUGAAUAGUUUUCAAAUUUGCGGUUAGAUGGCUAUUUAAACAGAGCAGAGAGAUGUCUGUUGCCAAGUACAAUAGCUCGAGGAGCCGUUCGAUUAUUUACACAUAUUUUAUUUUAUUUUUCGGUUAUUAUGUUAAAAAAAAAAAAGAAAAGAAAAGCUGCAGCUUGAAAUAAGCAACAACAUGGAGCCAUUUGUUUUUGCUAUUUUCGCCCUGGUGGAGUCGCAUGUUCUUCUCAUAAGUCAUGUUUUACCAGAAUUAGAGACCACAUUCAUUUAAUUUCCAUAAGCACAUAGUCUGAAUGUGUUCAAAUAAUAUUUGUUCCAUUUUAAUAUAUUUAUAUACAAAGGUAAAUGAACCAAAUUUAGCUCUUAUGACUACGCUGUCAUGAGACAUUGUGAAAUAGGACAUAUUGCACAAUAAUUCUUAGUCAUUACGAAUAUUUAAACAUGCCCCAACCAUUCGUAAUUAACAACGACAACAAAGAUCAGAUUUUUACAGCAUCGUUUGCGUGAAUCAGACAAUUUUCUAUGAAGCACUGACGUGCUUUGAAUAACUUUCAAGUUAGCGAGCUAGCGAGUCUAAAAAUUAAUAUUACAGUCUCUAUAUGCUACAGAUGUUUACAUGAAAUAAACACAUGGUUCCUGUUAAAGUCCAACAUUUUGCUAAAAAUAAAAAAUAAAAAGUGUUAAUUUCCCCUAUGUAUGGAGACUUUUGGGACAUGUAUAGUUAGUAGAUGCCAAACAGUUUGAAAGGUGUGUGUAUCUUUUCUGAGCGUUAUACUACAAAGGGUUAAAGGUGCUCCUGGAUAUCAUGCCAUAGAAGGGAUGGGCAGUAUAAUUCGAAACGUUCUUCAGAACUGUUAUUAUAUGCUUUAUUGUCACUGCAUCCGCAGAGUUCAGAUUAAAUCGAGAGUAAGGCCACAAUACGCUGAUAGCGCAGUAUCAUCUCUCCAAUUCAGUUUUUUAUCUGAAUCAUCAAUAUUUGUGGGACUGUACCACCUCCACAUCCUCCCCGGUGCACUAAGAUCCCUCUUCCUUCUUAAACAUUACAGGAAGAAGCUUAGUACUGUUAUUCUGUCAAUGGAAGGCAGUACAGAAUAUAACAGUGCUUUGUAGGAAAUAUAAAUCUGUCCUCAUGUAUUUAACCUCAUGCACUACAUAUUAGUCAUUUGAUCCAUUCAAUAUUCAUUAAAACAUUUUUCCUCAGAAAAUGGUGGGAGUUGGCUGUAAGCUUUGCUAGCUCUAAUGUUAUUUUCUUUGUCAGAGUUCCCAAAUAACCGGUUGUCCAGGUUGCUACUCAAGGAGGAACACCUUAAAUAGUUCAUCCAGUGCAAAAUAAGAACAAGAACAGUAAACAAGAUGCUGAACAACAACAACAACAAGAACAGAAUUUCAAUGUGAGUUUAGAUCAGUCUCAAUUCUAGAGUAAUAACUGUGACUAUAAAGUUCUUAAUAAAAUAAAGCAUGUUCUAAGCACUAAAUUUCAAGGUGAAUUCCAUCUCGAAUGACGUGUACACUGACCAGGCAUAACAUUAUGAUCACCUGCCUGAUAUUGUGUGGUCAGACACUGAUGGCUCGCAGUCUCCACUCUGUUUCGUGCCAAAGGGAUGAGGGAUCAGGACUCUGUGCAAGUUCCUCGCUCAUCCAUGUCUUUAUGGACCUUGUACUUUGUGCACUGGUGUGCAGUCGUGUUGGAACAGGAAGGGGUCAUCCCCAAACUGUUCCCACAAAGUUGGGAGCAUGAAAUUGUCCGGAGUGCCUUGGUUAUGCUUGGUAAGAGUUCCUUUCUCACUAGCACUCAAUGAUUUGGAGGGGUGUCCCAAAACUUUUGGCAAUAAAAUGUACAUGCAGAUUCUCCUCAUAAUGAUGUAUAAGCACGUGAAAUGAAAGUAAACGGAACAGCAGGUGGCGCUGUUGUGCUUUUCAUGGCGCUGUGGCGUCUGUGUUAAUAGAAGAGAGAGAGAGAGCGAGAGAGAGAGAGAGAGAGACCAUUACCGGAAGCGCUGAUGGGAGUUGUAUUUAUCUUAGCACCAAUAAUCGAGCUGUCUGUUCGGGUCAGCCUACUCCCAUGAAACAUUAUUUUAUCAUCUAAAAACAAUCCCGCCCGCUCGGUUAGCACGUUAGCGACAUGGAGCAGAGGAAGACGGUUAUUGUGACAGGUUUUGAACCUUUUGGUGAACACGCUGUUAAUGCAAGCUGGGUGGCAGUGCAGGAGCUGAAGAAGUUAGGGCUCGGACCAAGUGUGGAUCUACACGUCACAGAGGUUCCUGUGGAGUACCGGGCAGUGCAGAAUCUUCUGCCUUCGCUAUGGGAGCUUUAUCACCCACAGUUAGUGGUCCAUGUCGGAGUGUCUGGAAUGGCUACGACAGUAACCCUUGAAAAAUGCGGCCAUAACCGCGGCUAUUGGCGACUUGACAACUGCAACUUCUAUCCUAAGUCUGAGUGCUGUAUGGAGGGAGGGCCAGACUGCAUCAACUCGGCCAUCGAUAUGGAUGUUGUCUGCAAGAGGGUCAACAACUCGGACCUCGGCGUCUCCGUGUCCGUUUCGAAAGAUGCCGGCAGAUACCUGUGUGACUACACCUACUACACAUCGUUGUACCUGGGAAAAGGCCAAUCUGCGUUUGUGCACGUGCCCCCACUGGGGGAGCCGUACAGCGCGGAACAGCUGGCGCAGGCACUCCAAGCUGUGAUCUUGGAGAUGCUGGACAUGUUGGAGCAUAGUAUGGAAAAGCAACUUUGCCAGCACAGUCACUGAAAAAUCCCAGACCAGCUCUUUAACCCACUGUGUGUGUUGGGUGAUGUCCUAUACACUACAUAGGCGGGACUGGGCUGAUUUGUGAUGUAGCCCAAACACCAGACUGCUGCUCAACUCAAGCAAGGAUAGACGUCACUCUGUGGGGGAUAGUCAGAAGACGCCGAGAUGUGGUGCUAUGUAUAAAAAUUUAUUUGUCAAUCAAACUGAAUAAUUAAAGAAGCCCAUUAGCCAUGUGCACAGUUAAGAUACAGUGGCAGGAUUUUGCGAUGUAAAAAAAAUGAAACCAAGACGGAUCAUGUCAGAACGUAUAAAAAUGAAUUAAGAAAAACAAAAAAGCUAGAAUAGUCUGGUAAUCUAGUGUGUACACCCUUUUAUAUUUGGCUUUGUUCAGAAUGGAAUAAUCGCAUUCAAUCUCAUAUUCAAUAAUAAUAAUAAUAACUUGAACCCCACAUGAAAAUCAGCCGUUUCUGUAGGAUUUUCUUCACGUCGUCUUGGUUUCGUCUGGCUGUUGAAGCCAUGUUGUCUCACUCUUUGAAAGGUAUCGAUCAGGAGAGGGGUAUAAAAGGAUUUUCAUAACAUUAGAUGUACAGUCGAAUCAAAUAUAGUACCACAGUGACGUCAGAACAGAACAGGACGUCCAUUUUAAGCUGAUAAAAGUACACGAUCUUGGUAUAUUUUAUUUUACGUCACAAAAACCUGCCGUAUUAAGAUGUUUUAUAUCCAUUGUAUAUAAAAUAUCAUCUAAUAUUCCCCACUCAUAUGUGGAAGAAUGUGUUUUUAUAAACAGACAGCCACUUUAGAUAUCAGUAUGAGUCAUUUUAUUUUUUUAUUUAUGUAGGAAGACUAAUAUGCCUUGUAUUUCAGCAGCGGUAUUAAUAUAUAAUAUGUGUAGUCUAGCCUACUUGACUUUAGAUGUACCGUUAUACACCACUUAUUUGUAUAUGAACGCUAAAAUGUCAGCAAACAGCUGUCUAAAACAGCGGUAAUACAUUAACAAAGUCACAACACACACUUGAAAGCACACUGGAAACAUUUUUGCCUUUUAUAUACAUCAGGACCUGCUAUUUUUUGAAGAACAAUUUUAUGAAUAUUAUAUUGUAUUGUGAAUAUUAUUAAUAAUAAUAUGAAACUACAUUUCUAUGUGUGACAUCGAUAAUCUCUGACUAGUCAUCACACUGACAUUGUCUACAAAUCGUCUGUGUUUGGGGGAAACUAUGACGGAAAUGUGAAACUGUGCCUGAUAUGAAGUUAUGGAAGUAUUAUAAUUAAUAGAGACAUAUUUAUACAAAAUAUUGACUGAAGCAGUUAGAACUUGUCUAUUGGUGCCCCAUUUUAAUUUUUCUUUACUUAUUCCUAAAAAUAUGGUUCCCUUGGCCAGCUGUUAAACUGAUUCUCUGUUUAACCCAUGGAGUGUAUUCUACAUUACUUUUUUGUAAAAGUAGAAACAUUUUGUCUGCUUAAUAUUCCUUGUUCAUCUACUGAUCUAUCGAACUGCAGUGCUACAAUAAAUCAUGCUAAUAGAAUUAA